GAGUUAUAGGAUAAUAAGUAUAAUAUAAUGAUUUCAAAAUGUUUUCACUUUGAAAGUUCUAUUUUUAAAUAAUUAUGACAAUAGACUUAUCGCUACAAAAUUAUCAAUUAUGAGCGACUCUUGUAGUGAAAAUACUGACUUCUUAGUGUCAUUACCGUCAGAUUUCUUUCAAGUCCACUCUUCAGAUAGUGAAACAGUUGAAGACGCGGGCACUGAAGAGUUAUCGAUCAGCUCAAAUAGUUUCAAAGGCGUAAUUGACAAUUUAGUGACAAACUUAGAUACUUUAUCACAUCAAAUUAAUGAAAUUGAACAAAUGGAGACUAGCUACAUCAGCAAUGGUUUGUCCAGUCCUCUUAGUGCUUCCUCACCUCUUAAACGAAAUGCUGAAAGAAAAAUAAACUAUAGUUCGAUUGAUUCCCUGAUGCAUGAAAUGGUAAAUACUUACGAGUACAAUGAUAAGUUACUAAGAAAUGUAGGUAAUGGUCAUGCUCAGCGUAAUGUUAGUUUUCAAGAAAAAGAUGUAAGAUCUUCUCCUGUUAAAACCAAAAAAACUGUUUGCAAUGUAUUAGAUGAUAACAAAUUACAAAGUUUAUGUGACGACUUGGAAAAUGUAACCCCACGUGUAACUACAGCUUUAAAUGAUUAUCAAAAAUUGGAUUCUGUUUCAAAAGAAAAUUUGUGGUUGAAACUCGGAAAAGAAAUUUAUCGUAGACAAAAUAUAGAAAAAAAAGUUAUUGAUUUAGAAGAAAAGUUAACAAAUUAUGAAAAAAGAAUGGUUGAAUAUAAAGAAGUAGAUUGCCAGAAAAAUAAUCUUCUUGAUGAUCUUGCUGCACGGUCUGCUAUGAUUUUAAGUCAAGUUAGAGCAUACAGUACAAUUAAUGAAAAAAUCAACAGAGAUUUACAAUCUGAGCGCAAGAAUAAAAAGGAAAUUUUGGAAGCAAUGAAGGAAAAAAUUGAACAUUAUAAAAAUGAUACAGCUAAAGCUAUUUCUCGAAGUAAUUCUUACAAAGCUCGAACAGAAAAUGCUGAAAAAAAAUUAAAUGAGUUAUUAAUUAAUUGCCAAAAAGUAGAAGAACAAACAAAACAAUUACAACUAAGUAUAGAAAAAAAAAAUGAAGAAAAUGAAAGACUUAAAAAUGAAUUGGUUAAAUUACAAGAAAAAAAUAAAAGUAUAAGUGAAAAGUGCAAUAGAUCAAUAAAUAAGUGUAGUGAGUUAGAGAAAGAAGUAUUAGUAUUAAAUCAAGAAAAAAAAGCACUAUGUGAAAAAACUUUAAAAUAUGAUCAGCUUUUAGAUCAAAAGCGCAGAAUUGAAGACAUUGUAGAUCAAAUGAAAAAUACUGAGGCACAAACUGCAGAGGAACUUAAUGCAGCAAAAGAAGAAAUUAAAACUGUUAAAAACGAUUUAAAAAGCUUUUAUCAAAAACAAUUAGAUGCUAUGCUGGCAGAAAAAGUAUCAGAUUAUCAACGUAAAUUAGAUGGAAUUGUUCAAAUUACUAAUGAGGAAAAUAAAUUGAUAAAACUUCAAAUGAAUAACCAAAUAAUUAAUUAUAAAGAAAGGUAUGAAAAAGAAAAGGCACAACUAAAUUUAAAACAUAGGGAAGAAUUGGAACGUUUUGAGGAACUUAUAAAAGAUAAAUUAGAGUGUAUUUCUGCAUUAGAAAAACGUUUAGAAGCUGAAGUUCAAGAAAAGCGACAAUUAGUUAAAAGUGUAAUGGGAGUGGUAAAAAAUGUAAACAUUGAUAGCCAAUCAAAUUCAAAAUUAACUAAUGAUAUUAAAUAUCAAAGAAAAAACUCUAAUAAUAAUAGUAACUCAUCUUCAAAAUUAGAAGAUGAUUUUUCUUUUUUUGAACAAGAACAUUUAUUGCACCAAGUGACUCCAACAGAGUUGAGAAAACAUAUUGAAAUUCUUUUAAAUAAAUAUCCAGGGAAUCCAUUAGCACAAAAAUGAAAAUUUCAUUGUAUUAUAACUAUUGUUUGUUUAAGUACUGUAUACAAUUUUCAACUUAUGUAUAUACACGUAUUGUUCCUUCAAAAAUGUCUUUACUUUAAUGUAUAAAAUUAUUUAUUUAUAUAUACAAUUGUAUUAGCUUGUAGAUAUAU